AUGGGCUCCCUUAACAAAUUGAAAGCUUUGGUCUUAAGAAACAAUAGUUUGAUGGGAGAAGUACCUUCUAGUUUGAAGAAUUGCACCAAUUUGUUUGUGUUAGAUGUGGCUAAAAGUUUGUUGUCUGGGCCAAUUCUCUCUUGGAUUGGUGACAGCUUCCAACAAUUGAUUCUCUCGAGCAUGUCAGAAAAUCACUUUUCUGGAAAUCUUUCUAUGCAUCUCUAUUAUUUAAAGCACAUACAAGUGUUAGAUCUUUCAUGGAAUAACCUAUCAAAUGGAAUUCCAACAUUCAUCAAGAAUUUCACUUCAAUAUCCAAAAAAAGCAUUAACAUAACUGAAACUGGGAGUUGUACAGAUAUGAAUACUAUUUAUGAUUAUUACAAAAAUACCUUUUAUCUUGAUCGGUACAUAGUUAACAUAACUUUAAUGUGGAAAGGUGUGGAAAACUGGUUCAAGGAUCUAGAGUUUGGUGUUAAGGCCAUUGAUCUCUCAGGUAAUCAGUUAACCAGUGAAAUUCCAAAAGAGAUCGAAUAUUUGGUUGGAUUAAAUGAACUGAAUUUAUCAAGAAACAAUCUAAAAGGAGAGAUUCCUUCAGAAAUUGGAAAUCUAAAUUCUCUGGAUUCCCUUGACCUAUCAAGAAAUGAUUUGUGUGGUAGAAUUCCUUCAAGUCUGUCCCAAAUUGAUGGGAUUGGUGUGUUAGACUUGUCAUACAACAAUCUGUCUGGAAGAAUUCUAUCAGGGAGACACAUGGAUACCUUUAGAGCCUUUUUCUUUGAAGGAAAUCCUAAUCUGUGUGGUGAGCAACUACACAAAACCUGUCCAGAAGACAUAACACUAACAAAGCCACAAGAACCAAUAACACAUGAUGAUGCAGAUGACAAUUCAGAUUUUUAUGAAGCAUCAUACAUGAGCUUGGGUUUUGGAUUUUUCACGGGCUUUUGUGGCCUUUUAGGGCCAUUACUGUUUUGGAGGCCUUGGAGAAUUGCUUAUCUCAGAUUCUUGAACAAAUGGGCAGACUACAUAUAUGUAAUUGUGGCAUUAAAGAUGUGUAGGUUCCACAAGUGA